AUGGAGACACGCCUCAACUCUCUGAAAGGCCGGAUUGAGCAGCUGUCGGCCGCCGCUGGAAACGCCGGCCUUUCUGUGGGUGUCUUGCAAAAUGGAAAGAUCAUUCACCAAAGUCACUACGGCUAUCAAAAUCUCCGAACUCUGGACUCCCCUGACGAGAACACCAUAUACCAUCUCGGAUCCCUUUCCAAGACUCUUACUGCGGCCGGACUGGCAAUCCUUGUGGAAGAGGGGAAAUUCAAAUGGACCUCUUCUCUAAAGGAACUUGUUCCGGGAUUCCACCAGCGAAACAAAUAUGUCGAGCAACAGGCCAACGUGAUCGACCUGCUGGCACACCGCAUGGGCCUAGCCAUGAGAAUGAAUUACUGGGCUCAGAUGGAGCCGGAGCUUCUUCUCCCGCCCACGGAGGCUGUUAAUGUUCUGGGCGCACUGCAUCCUACCGCUGAUUUCGGAACUACUUGGAAAUACCAUAACUGGACCUACUCUCUCGCCAGAGAUAUCAUUGAGAGAUACAGCGGCCUAGCCGAUUUGCUACGCUUGUAUGAUGUCCUCCUUACCGCACUAGAGGACCAAAGGAGGACAGGCCUUACCAGCACCCCGGGCAAUCCAUUUAAACAGGUCUCUAUGAUCUAUACUCCCCAUGGCAAGAAGGGCGCGACGGAAUAUGGUCUAGGUUGGUUCAUGGUCCCUCUUCCUGCAGAGAUUGGGUGGAUCGGAGUCAACGAUGGUCGGGUUGCUCAAAACCCGACUAUUGCGCGUGGUGUUGAUCCAACACCCAUUGCCUAUCACAAUGGGAGCAUGCCAGGCAUACUGGCUUCUGUCCAUUUAAUUCCUCAGACCCAUACUGCAGUGGUCAUUUGCGGCAAUACGUUGUCUCUUGCAGAUAUUCCAGACUAUGCUGGUGGCCUUAUCCUUGAGACUCUACUUGGGGUGGAUGAGCCAACAGACUUUUUGCCCCUGGUUUCCGAGGCCAAUGAGUCGCUGGUCAAAGGCUACGCAAACACGAAGGAGAAGUUGGCAGCAGACAGAAAACCCGGAACUUCGCACAGGCCCCUUGAUCAAUACGAGGGCCGCUUCAUCAACCCAGAAGGGAACUUCCGACUGGAUGUCUCUGUUCACAGGGACGGACUCCGCAUGCGUCUCCAGGGACUCUCCCAGACGUACUAUGACCUAUACCACUAUCAUGACGAUGUUUUCGCCUGGACCUGUGAUCGAGACACAGAGGCCAAGCGAGCUACGUUUCCCCAGCUCUCCGACGUCUUCCGUAAGAUCUGCUUCCAAGUGGAUGAUACGGGAAGAGUAGGCUCGAUCUUCUGGGCAUACGCUCGUGAUGAACCUCAGGGGGAGGUGUUUACCCGGAUUGCUCCAGUUGGGCCUGCAGAGCCGCUGGGCUCAAAGAAUCAUUCAGGCAGCCUGUGA